AGGCGGGGAGGCGCUGCUGCUGCUGCUACUGCGGGCGCGUGGGAAAGCCAGAGAGCGAGCGAGCCGAGGGGCAGGCAGCAGCCCCGCGCUGCCUCGGCUGGAGUAGCCGCGCAGAGUUUCGUGGCCCUGAGGAUCCUGCAGCAUGGAGACCCCGCCCUUCUUCGGGCUGGCGCUGAUGCUCUUGCUCCUGCCGGAUCUGCUCGCCGGGACUGGGGCGCUGCGAGGCAAUGACAAUGGCGAAACCCUCCCAGAGUCCAUCCCGUCUGCUCCUGGGACACUGCCCCAUUUUCUGCAAGAGCCAGACGAUGCGUAUAUAAUCAAAAGCAACCCUAUUGUGUUGCGCUGCCGAGCUGUGCCUGCAAUGCAGAUCUUCUUCAAGUGCAAUGGGGAGUGGGUGCACCAAAAUGAGCAUGUCUCUGAGGAGAGCAUGGACGAAAGUACAGGCUUGAAGGUUCGUGAGGCAUACAUCAAUGUGACAAGGCAGCAAGUAGAAGAUUUUCAUGGGCCAGAGGACUACUGGUGUCAGUGUGUUGCAUGGAGCCACUUAGGGACUUCAAAGAGCAGAAAAGCUUCGGUCCGCAUAGCCUAUUUGCGCAAGAACUUUGAGCAAGACCCCCAGGGGAGGGAAGUUCCUAUUGAAGGCAUGAUUGUUCUCCACUGUCGCCCACCAGAGGGAGUGCCUGCCGCAGAGGUAGAAUGGCUGAAGAAUGAAGAACCCGUUGAUGCUGAGCAGGAUGAAAACAUUGACACCCGAGCAGAUCACAACCUGAUCAUCCGCCAAGCGCGCCUCUCUGAUUCUGGGAACUACACAUGUAUGGCAGCCAACAUAGUUGCCAAGAGACGAAGCCUGUCAGCCACUGUGGUGGUGUACGUGAAUGGGGGCUGGUCUUCAUGGACCGAGUGGUCCAACUGCAACGUACGAUGUGGCAGAGGAUGGCAGAAGAGGUCACGGACCUGUACAAACCCAGCUCCUCUCAACGGAGGCGCCUUCUGCGAAGGAAUGUCUGUGCAGAAAAUUACCUGCACUUCACUGUGCCCUGUGGAUGGCGGCUGGGAGGUGUGGAGUGAAUGGUCGGUCUGCAGUCCCGAGUGUGAGCACAUGAGGAUCCGGGAAUGCAGUGCUCCACCUCCGCGGAAUGGUGGGAAAUUCUGUGAAGGUCCAAGCCAAGAGUCAGAGAACUGCACUGAAGGACUUUGCAUUCAAGAUAAAAAGCCUCUUCACGAAAUAAAACCCCAAAACAUUGAGAAUGCCACGGACAUUGCCUUGUAUUCAGGCCUGGGUGCUGCCGUCAUUGCGGUAGCCGUCAUUGUCGUUGGUGUGACUCUCUACAGACGGAGCCAGAGUGAAUAUGGUGUGGAUGUGAUCGACUCAUCUGCCCUAACAGGAGGCUUCCAGACAUUUAAUUUUAAAACUGUCCGACAAGGUAACUCCUUGCUUUUGAACUCAUCCAUGCAGCCUGACCUGACCGUGAGUAGAACCUACAGUGGACCCAUUUGCCUUCAAGACCCCAUCGACAAGGAGCUUAUGACCGAAUCAUCUCUCUUCAACCCUUUGACUGACAUUAAGGUCAAAGUUCAGAGUUCAUUUAUGGUUUCUUUGGGUGUGACUGAACGAUCAGAGUACCACGGAAAAACACAUUCUGGGACAUUUCCACAUGACAGUAACAGGACCUUCCAUCCCAUACAUGCAAAAAACAAAGCUGCAUACAUUCAGAAUCUCUCAUCGCUCUCCAAAAGAAGUGAGAUGAGGGCCACGGGUAUCUUUGGCCACCUGGGAGGACGUUUAGGAAUCCCAAACACAGGAGUUAGCCUGCUGAUUCCACAUGGAGCCAUCCCCGAAGAAGCAUCUUGGGAGAUCUACCUUGCCAUCAACCAAGAUGAAGCCAGCUUGCAACCGGAAGGCAGCGAAGUCCUCCUUGGACCACAAGUAACUUGCGGCCCUCCGGACGUGACCGUCUCCACCCCAUUUGCCUUGACAAUACCACACUGUGCAGAAGCGAAUUCUGAGCACUGGAACGUCCACCUGAAAAAGAAAAAGUUCCAGGGCAAAUGGGAGGAAGUCAUGUCUGUGGAAGAAGAAACUACUUCCUGUUACUGCCUCCUGGACCCAUAUGCCUGUCACAUUCUUUUGGACUCUUUUGGAACUUAUGCUCUCACUGGGGAGCCCCUCUCUGAUUGUUCCGUUAAAGAACUGAAAGUAGCAGUCUUUGGCUGCUUGUCUUGCAACUCACUGGAUUACAGUCUAAGAGUGUAUUGCAUCGAUAACACUCCCUGUGCAUUUCAGGAAGUGAUUUCAGAUGAAAGACACCAAGGGGGGCAGUUGCUGGAAGAACCAAAGCUGUUGCAUUUCAAAGGGAAUACUUUCAGUCUUCAGAUCUCUGUCCUUGAUAUCCCUCCUUUUCUCUGGAGAAUCAAACCAUUCACAGCAUGUCAGGAAGUUCCUUUCUCUCGUGUGUGGCGCAAUAACCAGCAGCCACUCCACUGUGCCUUUUCACUGGAGCGCUACACUCCUGCCACCACUCAGCUCUCGUGCAAAAUCUGUGUCAGACAAGUCAAGGGCCAUGAACAAAUCCUGCAGAUCCAGACAUCAAUUCUCGAGAAUGAAAAGGAAACCAUCACAUUCUUUGCACAUGAUGACAGUAACUUUCCUGCUCAGAUGGGUCCGCAAGCCUUCAAGAUUCCCUACUCCAUCAGGCAAAGGAUAUGCGCAACUUUUGACACACCCAGCGCCAAAGGCAAAGACUGGCAGAUGUUAGCACAGAAAAACAGCAUCAACAGGAAUUUGUCUUACUUUGCUACCCAGCGCAGCCCAUCUGCUGUUAUUUUGGACUUGUGGGAAGCCAGGCAUCAGCACGAUGGCGAUUUAGACUCUCUAGCCUGUGCACUGGAAGAGAUAGGAAGGACACAGCCCAAAAACUCUAAUCUAACAGAAACUCAAAUCGAGGAGUCCAACUUCAGCUACAGCAGACAAAAUGGACUUUAGUCAUCACUUUCGAAGAACUGAUAGCCAGCUUGGACUUUGUAACUGAGGGAAUUCCUGUGAGCCGGAAGAAACCAUGUGCUACAAUCACACAUCCUUCCCAUGAUUCAUUGGCUCUCUCCUUCACGCCAUCAAACCAAUUUGCAUCUGGAGGAACAGAAGAAGCUGGCAAGCCAUAAAGAAGACCCAGGCCCCUUUACACAACUGUUGCUGUAAGAGGGUGGGGAAAACAAUCUCCCAAUGAAGAUUAAAGAUUAAAUCACAAUGAAGAUUAAAUUUGAUACUUAAGUGCAGAAAAUGAGUACGAUCUUUUGGCUACCACAACCAAGAGAGGAAAAGAUUAAAAUUAUGGAAUAUUUAAAAGAUGCCUGGAUUUUUCUAAAUCUUAGACCUCUCUGUGUUUUGGUUUGCUCAGUUGUUUCUUCUCUAUGUGUUUUGUGGCUUUCUUGUUUAGUUUUCAACUAAAGCCAAGCAGCGUGGGCACUCACUGAGGCAAUGGCCAUUUAGAGGGCUCAGGUAAGAUGGAGCUGGUGCCACAAUCACCACUAGAAAGAGGGGGGAGGACAGAAAACAAUGAAUUGCUAGAAGUUGGUAUCUGCCUUGGGUACAAAAACUUUGUGUGAUUAACCUGCUUUUUAAGAAAGUGGUUGGGUGCAUUAAUAUUAGGGUGUGCACUGACCACAAGAUUUGGUUUGGGCUGCAAUUUGGCACUUUGGAAAACAGCUUACCUUGGUUGGAGGUGCUGUGUGAUUUGACGCAGAGGCCAUCAGAGUCUGCUUCAAUCGCCCCCAUCCUCUCCACUUCUGGAAAAUUUUCAAAUGGGGCUGUAACAUUUCCUUCCUUUUCACAGAAGUGGGUAAAAUUUGAAGGUAUUGUAGAGUCUCAAGAGUGGAUUAACACUGCUGAAUUACAGGCAAAUAAGUGCAACUGAUUAAAAGUCUUUUUUUUAAAAAAAAAGCAGAAAUAUCUGUAACUUUUUAAAAUUUUGGCAGAAUUGAAUGAAAUAUGCAGGUAAGGCUGCCCUUUCUUGGGGCACGAAUUUCUCCAAAUUUCAGAAGGACACAUUCAGUGGUUUUAUUCCAAGGACAGCCAUUAUAGGGUGGGUAAAAUCACUCAGUCUCCUAGUGUUUUGUGGGGAUUCAGUUAGAAAAGUUGCCCCUAGGUAAGAAAUCUGCCAAAUUGCAGACAAAUUGGUUCAGGGGCUUUUGUUCUAGGCACUUUAAAAGUUGGUUUUGGGGUGAGAAGGGAUUUUCUUUUCAGGUAAAAUGAUUUCCUCCGCUUAUAAGCAUUCACAGUUGAACUCUCCUUCUGCCCUCUCCCCACCCUGGUGUCAUGAUAACCUUAGAUACAUUAGUUUGCUCUUGGCAGGCAUUUCUCUGCAGCAUCAUUGCAAACAUCAUUGUUUGGAUGGCUGAGGCACCAUAAAGCGCUUCAGUAGUCACAACUUGUGGAUAGCACAACCCAUUCCCCCUCUGGCAAGUCCAAAAUCCCCCCAAGACACCCCAGUUCAUCCAAAGUUCAUCCUAAGUAACAUCUGUUUACUCAUAUAAGAAGAUUGGACUCAGGAGACACGUGGUUAGAUCUCCUGACUUUUUAAAUAAAAAAAUAAAAUCGGUUUUGAGGAGUUCCCCAUUUUUAAAUUGGAGCAUGCCCAGUGGAGGGCGUUUUUCCAACCCUUUCCCUGGUAAGAGUCACUCUUCCCACAGGUGCUAUUAGACCUCAGGGAAAAAAAUCACAAACAUCUGUGUCAUACCAGUAUUUUGUCCCCUAGUGGGUGUGUAUGUGGGAGAGCUAGAUUUAGAUCAAGGAAACUGGAAGAGAAGCUUUCCUGCAUUGCUGCUCCCAUUAUCAAAGACCCGUGUGGCAAUUUUGCAUGGCUGGGGGUGGAAUUUUCUGAAAAUCUCAAUGUGGAGCUUAUCUACACGAAUCUUUUCCCAUUCCCGUCUUGCUCAUUGAUCUUGACAAGAAGUGAGCUAUUUCUUUUUACUAGUUCUCCUAAAACUAUGAACAAAUAUUGCAUAUUAUAUGCAUUAUUAUACAGGUACAUAUAAAAUUAUAUGCAUAUACACACCAGGUUUCCUAAAGUAGCCAGCACAUAAAUAGAUACAUUGAACAAUGCAUAUAACUGUAUAAAAAAUACUUAUAUGUUGAUACUUAUAAAAUUAUGCUGCAGAAAUA